AUGACAUUUGAACAAGGAUUUGAAAAAAAGAGAGAGAACGAGAGUCAGCCCUUUGGGGAUCUGAGAAAGAAGUAUGCGUGGUUUUUCAGGGAGCAGCAGAGAGGUCACUGUGGCUGGGCCAAAGUGAGUGAGGGAAUGUUAGGAAGGCCAGAUUUACGGAGCUUGGCAGACCACUGCGGAGACUGCGGCUCUCCCUCCGGGAGAGAUGGGAAGCCCGGGGAGAGCUUUGAGAAGCGCGGGCAGCGUGUGAACAGCUCUUGGGAACACUCCUACAACACGAAGCCUUACCUGGACUUGAUUUAUGUGAGAGCUGCAUUCCUAGGAAAUUCAGUAACAGUCAAGCUGUGUAAAAUUGUUUUGUGCUUAUAUGUAAAACGGCAGUCCAUGCCAGGGUCAGGAAGCGUAAACAGAGCUUUCACCCCCACCAAGACCGGCCAGAAAACGGCCCGAACCAAGCAGACUGCUCGUAAGGCCACUGGUGGGAAAGCCCCGCGAAAACAGCGGGCCACUAAAGCUGCCCGGAAAAGCGCUCCCUCUACCGGCGGGGUGAAGAAACCUCAUCGCUGCGGGCCUGGUACCGUGGCGCUUCGAGAGAUCCAUCGUUACCAGAAAUCGACCGAGCUUCCCAUUCAGAAGCUGUCUUUCCAGAGGCUGGUGAGAGAGAUUGCCCAGGACUUCAAAACCCCCAUGAGGUUUCAGAGUGCUGCCACUGGUGCUCUUCAGGAGGCGAGUGAAGCGUACCUGGUGGGCAUAUUUGAAGAUACUAAUCUGUGUGCCAGCCACGCUGAGAGAGUCACCAUCAUGUCCAAAGACAUCCAGUUGGCCCGCCGGAUACGGGGAGAGAGAGCUUAAGUGAAGGCAGUUUUUAUGGCGUUUUGUAGUAAAUUCUGUAAAAUACUUUGGUUUAAUUUGUGACUUUUUUGUAAGAAAUUGUUUAUAAUAUGUUGCAUUUGUACUUAAGUCAUUCCAUCUUUCACUCAGCAUGAAUGCGAAAAGUGACUGUUCACAGAC